GGCGCAAAAACACCGUUUGAAAUCGCCUGUGUACCGGUUCCGCGCAGAUCACGAGGCUGUAUGCAUCUGUCUCCCGUGACCCACGCGUGUUUUUACGUUUAGUUUCCAGUGGUGUCACGAGCGCCGCCGAGCGGCGAGUCUCCGCAGCGCAUCAGUCUCUGUGCCGCCGCCAUCUUGAGCAAAAUCCAGAUCAUCAUCAUUAUCAGAUUGACAGCAAACACACACGAGCACAGUGUGUUUCAGAGCGGCGAUGGCCACAGCACCUUACAACUACUCGUACAUCUUUAAAUACAUCAUCAUUGGUGAUAUGGGUGUAGGAAAGUCAUGCUUGCUUCAUCAGUUUACAGAAAAGAAAUUCAUGGCAGACUGUCCGCACACCAUCGGCGUGGAGUUUGGCACCAGAAUAAUCGAAGUGAGCGGCCAGAAGAUCAAACUGCAGAUCUGGGACACAGCCGGACAGGAACGAUUCAGAGCGGUAACACGCAGCUACUACAGAGGAGCCGCCGGAGCGUUUAUGGUGUAUGACAUCACCAGGAGAAGCACGUAUAACCAUCUCAGCAGCUGGCUCACUGAGGCCAGAAACCUCACCAACCCAAAUACUGUAAUUAUACUGAUAGGAAACAAAGCAGAUCUUGAAGCCCAGAGAGAUGUGACGUAUGAGGAAGCCAAGCAGUUUGCUGAAGAGAACGGUCUUCUGUUUCUGGAGGCCAGCGCAAAAACAGGCGACAACGUGGAGGACGCUUUCCUGGAAACAACUAAGAAAAUCUACCAGAACAUUCAGGACGGCAGUCUGGAUCUGAACGCGGCCGAGUCAGGCGUCCAACAUAAACCAUCUGUGCCUCAGGGCGGUCGUCUCACAAGUGAACCCCAGCCACAGAGAGAAGGAUGCAGCUGUUAACCACCAUCAUCCUCUUCCUCCUCUUUUCUACAGCAUCUUCAUCGUCGCACAAUUGCACCUGUCACAAGAACCCCACCCGCCCACAGGGGGAGAAAUCGUGUGUCUUUUCAUCUUCACUUUCUUGAUCUUUUGGUCUCUGUGGGGUUUUUACGCUCUGACUGCACUAAACAUUGCUCAUGAUCGCUUUAGGACAGAAGCAUCUGUGAGUCAGCUGAUCGUCAGGUUAUUUUCAUUGAUUCACAUUCAUUUCUCUGUAACAUUGUGAGAAAUGUGACUCACACUAGAAGCGUCUGACAGUGACUACGGCUGUGAUUUCAGCACAGGUGUGUUCUGAACUGACUGAUCAUCACGUGAGCUCAUAAAGCUGAAGAGACAGAAUGAUGUCACAUUGAUUCCAGUAGUUUAGAUGUCAGGUUUGUACAGCGGACUGCAGGCGCUUUUUUAAAUGCACUUAUGUACACACACACAUGCACAAAUAUACACACUUGUGUGUUUUAUUAGCUGGUUUGGUGGCUUUUGUAAGGUGAUCUUCUUCAUCCUUUAUAAGCGAUUCUUUUGGUCUCGUGUGUACAUCAGGGUGGAUCUCAUAAACACUCACGGGUCACAUUCACCAGGAAACAGAAAUUAUUUAGACAACGGUAAGAAUUCAGAUGUUUUUUGCAUUGUGAAAAUCUUCAUAACAAUCAAGUGCAUUUCCCACCCAAUCAUUGCUUUAUUUGUAUUUUUCAUUCUUAAUGAUUCUUAUACAAUUCAUUUUUUAACUCAAAAUAAUCACAAUGCAAAACACGUCGUUACUUUCUUUGUGCAAAAUGAUUUUGUUCUUUGACUUUAGGGUGAAUUAUGAUCCGGACUGUUUCACCCGUCAAUAAAUGUUUGUCUGUCUUUAAUAAUAUUAUGAUUCAUGUUUAUAUUAUUAUUGUUGUUGUUUUGGGAUUAUUGAGAAAUCUGACUGGAGUCUGCUGUGAUGUCAGCUUAUAUAAUAACAGCGUCUGUAUAUUAAUCCAGUGUACAUUAUAUAUCAUGUGACAUCACACUGAUUCAGCUGCUGAUGAUUUGACACUGAGAUGCUUUAAAUGGUUCAUGUGACGUUGCUAAAAACAAGGUUAUUUUGUGUACUUGGUGUAAUGCAAGGGUUUACACAUUAUUGUUGCUCUUCUAUGCUCCUUUUUUCUGUAAUGCGUUGAUUUUUACAAAGCGCGUUGUUUUGAAAAGCGCUGUGUGCUCUGAUUGGCCAGCUAUCCAUUGCGUUGUGAUUGGAUGAAUACCUCAAGCACGUGACAGAAAUGUUACGGCCCUUACUACAGCGAGAAUAAAAGUUACACAUCUGGGAGGCGUUAUGCAAAUCUUCCCAUACGGUGAUGUAGAUAGAUGGGGGUGUGGGUAUCUGUGGGGGUUUACAGAUCCUCUAUAGGCAUAAACAGGUUUUAAAAGACCUAAAGUCCCAUCAUAUGAACCCUUUAAGAUUUCCACAGAACAUUUCAUCAGUUAAGAGUUUUGUUUGGAGAGAUGAGACGACAGCAUCUCUUCACUAUCUGACUGACCUCUAAACUCCAUAUGUAUAUAUUUUAAAGGAGCUGACAUUUCUGUUCUUGUCCCGUUAUGAUUUUGAAAUCUGUUGACAUUUUGAUCUUAAUGAAGAUAAAAAUGCUCUAGAAAUAAAACCAAACAGCAUUUCACCCAGUGUUAGGUGUCAAGUUUAAAGUGGAGACUUUGGGAUAAACUUUGGUUCAUAAGAUCUGAUCAUCAUCACAGAAAACUUCAUUAACCUUUAGAAACAGUUCACACAAAUACUCAAAACCUUCAAAUCAACAUAUGUUUACUUUAACUUAACAAAUUAAGUUAAACGAUUUUAAAUUGAUUUUAUAAGUGAUGUCAACUUUUCAUAAGCCAAAAUCUAAAUAAAGUAAGUUGUUUUAACUUCA